UGUGGACGCCCGCCUUCACACGAGCCAACAUUUCAUCUGUCAAUUAUCAAAAAGUGCGAAAAGUUCACCUCUGGAGAGAAAAAGUGGGAAAUAUUGUGUGCAAAUGAAACGUUCUUGAAAUAUUGCCGCUGUCAUCGGAGUAAAAUUUAAUUUUCCGUCCUGGUUUUCUUUUUUCCGGAGUCGCGUUGGAGAGCUCUUCUCAAUGAAAAUGGAAAAGUGGGUGUUUCCGGUGCCAUGGGUUGAGUGGCCUACUCAUUGUUUGUGUCUGACAUGAAUUUGAAAACAAUUAGUGUAGUUGUCGUCUGAUUUUUGCUGCUUCAACUAUAUGUUACCUGGAGCCGUGAGAGAUUCGGACCAAGGAUGCUGUGGCGAGUGAUGGUGCUGAGCUGCGCAUGCGUGGUGGUGCGUGCGAGUGGCAGUGGUGCGGCUGCAGCCGAUCAUCUGCUGGAGCCAAGAUGGCAGCGGGAGGUGCGGGCACUGCUCGAGGCUAGCAGCUGGCUGCAACCGAGUGGGCCCGGUCAUGGACGUACUUCGCGAGAUUUCGAAGACUAUAAGGAGGACGGCGAUGAAGACCAGGACCAACAGGAACGUGACCUUGAGGACAACUCCAACAUUCGAUUAGCAGCCAACAAACGCGCACUGUCAGCUUUAUCGAGAUGGAAACCGUUUUCGAGCGCCUGGGGCUCUAGCAGACUGCGCCCCCUUGGACGCGCGCCCCUAGUUGCUGCCCUCUUGCCCCCUGAUGCCGAUCUGGUGUCGGCCGAGACACGCAACAUCAUGGGGCAACGACCGAUGGGGCAACCCCUUCGCUGGGGCAAACGCCGACGCUAACCUCGUCUCCCCAAAUUAUUCACUUCUUCCUCAGCCCCCCUCAAAACAACAAUCCCCCCCUCAAACAUCAAUUCACCCCGUCAAAUUACAAAAAAAAUACAUCUAUACGCUCCGUUAGUUAAAUAUAACUUCAACUUGAAAUCUAAUACGGAAUAUUCCAAGAACAUACUCCUAACGGACUCAAAAUAAAACUUGAACUUGAAAUAUUAAAUAUUCUAAGAACAUUACUGGAUAGUCUUAGAAAUGAAACCCCUUCUUCAAAAUCCAAGGUUCCUAUGAAUACCACUUGCAUCCUUGCAUGAAAAAUUCUAAAAAUAUAACAAUCUUAUAACUGAGAAAAAAUAAAUAUUAUUACAUUCUGGCACGAGAUAGUAGCAAAAUAUUACAAAUAACUCAUGAUGAAAAGCUACAAAUAUGACUGAAAUUCAAAAACGGCUUCCUAUAAAAAUAUAGCCUGUCUUAUGAACCUCACUUGAAAACUUUUAUCUACAACUUGAAACUUGGGAUAUAUUCAAAUAGAAAUUGAAUCUCUUAUUCAUUACGGAAUUUGUUCUACAUCGAAGGAAAUAAUUCAUUAUUAUUGAUGUUAUACUUUUUACUCCGAUUAUACCUGUUUACUCGAAUCAUGGAAUAUGGUAUUUCAGUUUGGUUUGUCUUUGAACCGCUGCUCGUCAUAAGAAUUAAGUUCGAUUAUAAUUAUAUAAGUAGCUUACAUUUUAUUCUGAGGAUGACUCGAUUGAAAAUGUUUCUCAUUUGUUAAUUGAAAACCAUUGAGAAUUGAAACAAUAAGCUAUAGAAAAUUCAACAACUAAUAUUUGGAUGAAGUUUGAUCACUUAUUAUAUUUAUCCUCUGUGACUUAACAAUUAGAAAACUUGAUAUUAUGAUAACUGGAAAUCAGCCAACAAAUUGUAUAUUUUGGUUGCAGAUAACUUUUCUUAAGGUUUUUGAUAUAUUCUAAUAAUAUUCAUUGCUAUAAAAUGUUAUAUAAUUAUAUUUUUCCUGGUUUCAAUAUCAUAAAUAGUCAGUUAUUGAUAAAGUGAUAACUUGUUGGUGAAAGAGAGAAGUAAUAUGAAAAAUAUGUUCCCCUAUGUUACCGUUUCUGUAUUAUCUUAUUCUUGAAAUAUCAUUAAUUCGUUAAUUUAUCCUGUCUGAACGCGACAAAGGUGAACUAGUACUUCUACAUAGUGAAAAGUAACAUUCAAUUCAUCAUUUUAAUACAUAAUUUAUUAUUGUACAUAGAGUUUGAAAGAAUGGGUUUGACGUUCGUGUUAUGUGUUAUAAUUGUACAGAAAAUCUAUUAUUUUACUAUAUAGUAUUUAAUUUCCAUUGUGAUCUCCCCACAAUUCAAUUAACAAAACGCUUCUCUCUCAUUCAUAUUAUUACUUUAAAAUUAUAGAUGUUAUUCCAUGAAUAUUGUUAAUGGUGAUGAUGAUUGAGAUCCGUUGGUGCGAUGGAGCAUGUUGAAUGAGAAAUACUGUAUUUUCUUCUAGUGUAUGUGCUAUGUGAUACAAUUACUGCUUCCAAAUUUUAUUUUAUAAAAGAGCUCUCUUUGUUACACAACAUGUCCCGUUUCUCAUUCAUUAAUUUACUUUCCGAUGUUUGUACGAUACGUACAAACUUUUUCACGUAAAUUACUAGUAAAGAUUCUAAAGUGAACCUCAGUUUCAUUUCGGAAAAGACCCAUCAAGGUCUGCUCGACUUGAUAAAAAAAUUUACUUUACUAUGAGCCCCUUUCUCCUAAAUCUAGAGUUGGAUAUAUAAUGUAUUGUUUCUUGUUAUCAAUGCUAUAAAUCUGCAAAGAGCUAUUGAUAAAUCAAGAUAAAUUGUCAGAUUAUCAGUAGUUAUUUUGGAAUGAGUACAUUGGUAGAUAAUUGUUUGAGUAUAAAAAUGCUACUGUAUAUUAUCAUUCCUCUAAAGUAUUAUUUUUCGUCUACAGAUGAAUAACCUAAUAUACAAAACACACUGUAUUAUCGUGGAUAAAUAAUGGGAAAAUGAACGAAUAAAUGGUACACUACGAUCUUA